AUGUCGGAAGAAAAUGAUCUUAUUCCUUCACCCUUUCGAUUGGCCUACAUUACAGAUGUGGAGGGCAACCUGAAUUACUUUCUAAAGUUUGUCGAAUCCUGUCCCAUUUUAACGGUCCAAUUCCAAUAUCGCACUAUAACAACGAGUGAAUUCCAAGCAGACGAUGAUAUCCAAGCCUUGGAGCUGGAUUUUUGCCAACCUACUGCUACCGAUGAUCAUUCCACGGACAAUUAUCAUUUUGUAUUUGGUGGAGAUUCCGUGGACAAGGGCACUGGCGACAUUCGAUUGAAUCGAUGCCUGGUAGCCUUUAAGAAAAAGCAUCCCACUCGAGUCUUUUUGUUGGUAGGGAAUCGAGAUUUGAACAAGUUACGGUUUUCCGCCGAAUUGUCAGAGGCCGAGUUGGGACGGGAUCUGAAUACCAUUCCAGGUCCGCAUUGGGAUCCUUCUGCACCCACCUUGGCCGAAUAUUUGCAGCGUUUGGUGGCUGAUAAAUCACAGGUAGAUCUUGAAUCGUUGCAUACCAGGGUGAACAAAUUAAAGUACAUGCUGAAGCAUACUUUGGGGUGCCCCAAGACGUUUGAAUUUCGGCGCCAAGAGUUAUCCAUUCUCCAAAAUCGUUCAGCAGAUGCUAUCACGGACGAUCAAGUUGUUGAUAAUUUUAUCUUUGAAGUCCAAGAAGGAUCCCUCCACGACUAUUUCCAUCAUGCACAAGUAGCGGUCAUCAUUGGGAAUACUCUCUUUUGUCACGGAGCCGUCGACAAGGAUACCAUGCAGUUUGUACCCAGUCCUCAAUCCAAGUUUGAAAAUCCACCUUCCAAACCAACCCCAUGGAAAGUGAUACCCAAUGUCCACGAAUGGGUCGAUGCCUUGAAUGAAUUCUAUCAACUUGGCUUGAAGGAUCACGCCGAACGACCCUACUGGAAUGACGAUUUUACAAGUCGUGGAGGUGAAUCCCUCAUGGCAUUGCAGAAUCGACCCGCCAUGUGGGGUCGUUCCAUUAUCAGCAACUGCUACGGCGAUGGAGGCUGCAUUACCACCAGGCACGCGGCGGAACAUCGGAAGGAUCCCCAACGAUUGCAAGAAGAGACCAAGAACAAUCCUCUUUGCUUUGAAAAAGUAUGCAGCGAUCCAUUGGAUCCAAUUGUCGCAAGUUGGUUAUCGAAACAAGGUAUUCAGCGUGUGGUGGUGGGACACAAACCCACGGGAGAUUGCCCAUCCGUAUUGAGCAGUGUCUACACGGGAGUGGAAAUCGUAUCCGCGGACACGUCCUUUUCUGACACUUCGUCCGAGGAUAAUAGAGGAGCGGCGACGGGCGUGGUGCAACUGAGUGGUUUCAGUUCCACGGACAAUCAAUUGCAGUUGAGCGGUAUUCUUCAAAAUGGAACGAGCUACUCGUGUGCCUUUGCGAGAUUACAAAGCAAAGAGCUUGCAACUGCGACUGAGUCGCAAGCAAUUGAUGGUACUACUCAUAAUAUUGAAAGCCUCAAAGGGGAUAUAUUUCUGGGCCGCCAGUUGAAGGAUGGAGACUGGUGGAUCAAGGUGAGAACGGGCUCGGCGGAGGAUGAUUUGUAUUGUUUGACAAGGGGAAACGGGAGAAAAGUCGAGUACAAGUCUGUUCCAGCAUCUUCAAUCGAUGAAGAUAUGCUGACAGGAAUGGCCAAAGAGUUUCGAUAG